AAGAAGACUCUCCCGUUUAUGAAGGAGGAGGCCUGGGCAAGAUGGCGGGGUCCAAGGUGAAGCAGGACAUGCCUCCUCCGGGAGGAUAUUCUGCUUUUGAUUACAAGAGAAAUCUUCCGAAACGAGGAUUAUCGGGGUAUAGCAUGUUUGGAAUCGGGAUCGGCAUCAUGGCGAUCGGCUACUGGCGGAUAUUUAGCUGGAACAGAGAGAGGAGGCGCUUGCUGAUCGAGGAGCUGGAGGCCAGGAUAGCACUAAUGCCGCUUAUUCAGGCAGAGCACGACCGAAGAACUUUAAGGAUGCUGAGGGAAAACUUGGAAGAGGAGUCAAUCAUCAUGAAAGAUGUGCCAGGCUGGAAGGUGGGUGAGAGCGUCUUCCACACCGAUCGCUGGGUCCCCCCGCUGUCGGACGAGCUGUUCAGCCUCCGGCCACGUGAGCAGUAUUUGCACAAACGCUUUGGCUUCCUGUGGUACGUGUGAUUCCAGCCGUGAAGAAGAUCAUCCCAGACUCCAUCAGCUCCCCUGUGGACCUGAGCCCUCGCUCACUUCAGCUUGUAAAUGUUCAAUAAAGUUUUUUUCUUUACCCUAAUCUGUUUUACUCUGGUUUUGAUUUAGGUGUAA